AUGGAGGCCGUCGAGUAUGAAUGGAAGACGUUUGAGAAUGAUUUCUUCCACCAGUCCGUCUAUCGCGGUCCUCCUUCCGUCGAACUGGAGAAGGCGUGGGAUGAGCUCUGGGAUUACGGCGCCUUCAGCGUUCCGCACGAGAUGCUACCCAAACUCAACAAGUCCACCACGGGGUGGCGCGAGAUAUCGCACGAGCGAGGCGGCGGUGUGGCUGGCCUGCUGGAGGGGUUCCAUCAGAUUCACUGCUUGAAUCUGAUCCGUCAAUACACAUACCGCGACCAGUGGGAUUAUAGCGCUCUUCCGUCCUUUGACGGGACCCCUCAGCUGGUGCGGCACCAUGUGGAUCACUGCAUCGAGACCCUGCGCAUCAAUCUCAUGUGCACGGCGGACGUGACCCCAUACCUGAUCCAGCUCAAUCCCAAUCGAAAGCUUGGGGAAGAUCCGAACUUCAAUACGCUGCACAAGUGCCGGAAGUGGGAUAGGUUGGUGGACUGGGCCAAGCAGCAUGAGGUUUUCAGAACGGUGGAUCCCGCGUCUGCGCAUGACGGUCAUUCCUGA